CUCCUCUCUAUGGACUCAUCAACAUGAAGCCGCAGAUGCUGCCAACUUCUAUGAACGACCGCAAGCACUCGACCAUGGAUAGCGAGAAAGGAGAUGCUAUGCCUAUUCGUCCUUGCCGUCCCCGAAAUCGACCUCUUGUUACUGGAUUCGCGGUGGUGGCCCUCUGCUAUCUCCUCUGGUCUGCGAUAUCCAGGUACAAUGUUUUCCAUCACAUAUGCGGCAUCCAUACAGCCACACCGGUGAUGGUCAACCAAGAGCGAGCUCUUGUGCCUCUGGAAGCACACAUUAUGAGCAAGUGCCCAGAUGCAAAGGACUGUCUUAGAAUGAUGGUUCUGCCAACGAUGCAACGUGUCAUUGAUAAAGUCAACUUCACGCUAUCGUUUAUCGGCACACCAACAGAUAAUGACGGAGUCGAAUGCAAACAUGGCCCGGCGGAGUGCAUGGGGAACAUUAUCGAGCUCUGCGCAGCAACCCAAUACCCAGACCCAAAAACAUACUUAGGCUUCACCUUCUGCAUGACACAAGACUACAAAGACAUCCCGCAGCUCAGCCUAAUACAAGACUGUGCCCUAGAACAUGGCAUGGAUUUCGAGAAACUCAACGAAUGCGCAUUGAAAGACGAUGGCGGGUUCGGGAUAGAGCUGUUGCGGGAUAGCGUGAGGAGGAGCACAGCGGCUGGCGUCACGAAAUCGUGCACGGUUAGGUUGAAUGAGGAGAUAUAUUGUGUGCGAGAUGAUGGGGAGUGGAAGGAUUGUCCGCAUGGGCCAGGCGUUAAUGAUUUGGUACUUGCAGUGGAGAAGCUUUAUCAGUCUAGCCCUAUGGUUUGAGGUUUUGCGUGGGAAUGUUAGGAGAUACCCAUAUUGUACAGCUUGUAAUAUCACUUUUUCGAGAAGUUGGGCAGCAUUUCCAAUGUACCAAGUGUUCCGAAUCGUUUUUGCG